UGGCCAAGGAGCAAGCAAGCAAGAUCAGUGUGCAUACCCUCAUCACGGCUGAUGAGCUCAUUAGAGAACCUAAGAUCAGGCAUGAGACUGUGCUUCUUGAGCCAGAAGAUGGAUGCAAAGGAACCGGAGAAGAUGCCUUCAAUGGCAGUGAAGGCGACCAAGCACUCACCAAAGGUGGAACAUCAUCAGAUAUCUUGA